AUGUCGGAGAAUGAAUCAUCGCCGGCCGACAUCGCGGGCUUGGACGAAGGCCAUUCGACAGGCCUGGGCGCCAGUCUCAACCUGGCGCUCGCAGCAACACUAGGCGCCAGCAAUUCGAGCGUACCUUCGUACUGCCACACGCCGUCGGAGCCAUACGAGGGCAGCGUUGCAGUGACCUACCCAUCGCCAGCACCCAAGGCGGCAGGAUUCUCAGGUGGCACACAUAGCUCCUCGCAGGAGGUCGCGCUAGAUGCAUCAGCGGGGGCGCUGCAGGCGGAAAUUGACCAAGCGUCGAUGACACUGGGCAGCGCAUGGUAUCUGGUGGACCGCAGGUGGUACACGCGCUGGCAGGAGUCGUUUUCUGGGAUCACGAGUUCCGACAUCGGCGCAAUCGACAACUCUGGCAUCACAGACAUGGACGGCGAGCUGCUGCCGGAUCUGCAGAUGGGCGAGGCCUUUGAGGCGGUGCCGGAGCGGGCGUGGGCGGAGAUGGUGCGGCUGUUUGGGCUGAAGGACAACCGGGAGGUGCGGCGCGUGGCAGUGGCCGAUGAGCACGGUGCUGCACGACUGGAGCUGUACCCGCCAUCAGUUUUUGUUUCGUCACUCAUUAACGAGGAGGAGCCAGCGAAGAGGAUAGCCAUUUCGCUAGCGGCGCCGCUGAGCGAGCUCGAGUUCCGGGUCAGAACGGCGUUUGGACUGGCGGAGGGCGACGAUAUAUCACUGUAUCUGCCGUCAUCCAGCAUCCGCGGGGGCAAAAAGGAGGAGGCGCAUUCUGAUGCGAGCCCGCCGUCGUAUGAGGCUGCGGUGGUAGAUGAUGCGGACCACGGGGCGGGCUCGGAGAGCCGGCUGAUCGGGGUGAUGGAAGAUAAAUCGACAUCGCUGGUGGCGGCAGGGAUUCUGGAGGACUCGGCAGUGUGGAUGAUGACGGUGCCCAAGGAAAUGAUGGGGCUUGCCAUGGGAGAUCUGCGCGCGGGCUCGGAAGCCGACGAUGCGUCAAGUGUGAGUGCGGCAGCACUGUUCACGCCAUCAGGGCGGCGAGAGCGCGCUGGGUUUGGGUCGGCAUCAGAUAGCGGCAACGAGGCCAGCAGUGAGGACGCCAACGAGGUGACCAGCGGGUUCGUGUCGACCGACGCUAGCACCGCAUUGCUGGCGCGGGCCUGCCUGGGCCACAUUGGCGAGCUGACGCGGUACUUUGUGUCGAAUGGUGCCGUGGCAUCGUCGUAUGGGCGGCUCAGCAAGGCCAUGUGGGAGCUGGGCCGAGGGGCAUAUGCUCCACGGGCCUUCAAGCAGCACGAUUGCACAGUGGGCGCCGCAGUUCCGCGGUACAACCAGCAGGACGCACGCCGAGUGGCUGGCGAGCAGUGGGAGAUCUACAAGAAACGCAACGACAGCAGCACGCUGGUGUGCCCCAAGUGCGAGAACGUGUCGGUGACCUUUGAUCCGUUCAUGUAUCUGACGCUGCCGCUGCCCGUGCAGCGCCAAAAGUGGCUCGAUGUAUCGCUGGACGACUCGGUCAAGCAAUUGAAGCAAUGUGACGAGGACCCCCUGGCAGAUAUCAGCGACUCCGACUCUGUGGUCAUGUACGAGCUGGAUGCCAGCGUCGAGGAGGUUGCUGAAGACCCGCUGUCGACUGAGUCUGUGGUGGUGCAGCUCCUGUGCAGCAAGGGUGAUGAUGGGUCGUCGAGCUCGGCCGAGCAAACCAUGGGCGACCUGUACCUGCAGAUUGCGACGGUGCUGGCGCGCUGGACCACCGUUGACAUGGUGGUUCUGGAAAUGGCGGCUCUGACACGGGCGGCUGCUGAGUUGCUGGGCGUGCAGGUCCGCGGUUCCAGCGCCGCAACAUGUCGUAUCGUCGUAUAUGCCAAUGGCCGCCGCAGUACGCCGAACUCGUUUAGACCGUUUGAAGACCGUCUGACCAACGAUAACUGCGAGCCGCUUGUGCCGGCGUCAGAGGAGAAAGCACCUGUCGCGCUGUCGCAGAUGUCGGUUGAUGAUGAUGUGCCUGCUUUGCAGCAGUCGCGCAGGCGGAUGCGCUCGGACGAUGAUGGGCGGUGGGAUAACAGCGAGUCGGAUAACGAGCCUGAGCGGGCAAAGUCUGAUAAUGAGGAGAAUGAGAGCGAUGGCGAGGCGAGCACAGCUGAUCACAGUAGUGAGCCACAGCAGCAGGAAAUGACAGCAGUGAGGAGUAUCUGUCGAGGUGCUAGGGGUGAUGAUGGCGAGUCUGAUGCGCACCACCGCUGCACUGUCGUUUACAGACAUUAUGAGCAGCAGGUUAAGCUGAACACCGGCGAUACGCUGAUCUGCGAGUGGGAUCCGGAGGGAGCUCGCGCGCUGUUUGCGGAGCUGCUACUGACGAGCCCACCAUGGAACCGCGGCUCGACUCGCUGUUCGAUUUCGGCCGAGCGGACCAUGUCGGAGCCUCCGCGCACAGCGCGCCGGCCGUCAUUGGUGCAGCGCGCGCAGCGGACAAUCACGCUGGAGGAGUGCCUGGCGGAGUUUACACGCGCAGAGGAGCUGGGCGAGGAGGAUCUGUGGUACUGCGGCCAGUGUAAGGAGCACCAGCAGGCGACGAAAAAGUUUGAUCUGUGGCGGGUGCCGGAGAUCUUGCUCGAUGCAUUUGUGGAUUUCCCAAUCACGGGGCUGGAUCUGACCAAGACUGUGGUGAGCAAGCUUGACGGGAGCGCGCUGGUCUACGAUCUAAUUGCAGACCGCGAGUGGUAUGACUUCAACGACUCGCAUGUGUCCCCGGUGGGCAGCCCUGAUGGCGUCAAGACAUCUGCUGCUUACAUGCUGUUUGAGGAGGCAGAGAAGGAGAGGAGUGAGCGUGUGCCGGGCUCGCCGAUUGCAGGGUCGGCUGCGGUGAUGCCUGACCUGGACUUGGCGAUGCCGUCACCCUCAGGCGAUUUUAUGGAUGCCGACGAGGAACACGAGUUUGCGGGCAACGUCGAGGCGCUGGCGGAGAUCGGGCCUGUGGGCCUGGCAAGUCCGCAGCUGACGCGCGACGCGACCGCAGUCAACAAUUGA